GAUGCCGAAGGUCCUGCUACACGAGCUCGCGGCGAAGAAGUACGCGACUUUCCUCGCCGAGUCGCUGUCUCCGGCGGCGGCGAAAAACCCGGGAAACCUCAACCUCCCUCCUCUCAGCUACUACCGGCGCCCGAGGCGGAAGCGACAGGGUCGACUUCUUGGGGUAACAACCUGGAAUGUGCGGACUCUGGCUGGAAACGGGAAGAAUGGGUACGGGCGAGCCUUCAACAUCCUACACGAGGCAGCGAAGCAAGAUAUAUCGGUCGUAAAGCUGCAGGAGAUCAGGAGGCCAGGUCAAACGGAGUUUGCAGCAGCGGGUUUCCGAGUGUCAUGCUGUGGUACGGACAAGCGUAAUAUCCAUGGUGUGGGAAUAGCCGUUAAAGAGUCACUGUGCAAGACCUCCACUUUCACCACGAACUAUGUCGAUGAACGCCUCAUGGCCAUGAGGUUUGAGAUGACGGGCCACCGCGGAGCUGUCAACUUCGUUGCUGCGUACGCCCCAACUGAGGUCGCUGCCGCUGACAGCAAGACAGAGCUCUGGGGAAAACUUGACAGUCUCGUGCGGAGGAUUCGCUCCAAAGAGUGCGUGUAUAUCCUAAUGGACGUCAAUGCUCGGACGGGAGUGAGGAUGAAUGGGGAGGACGAGGGCGUCAUGGGGAUACACGGGCGUGAUGAGCUAAACGAGAAUGGCAGACUACUGCUGAUCUUCGCAGCGGACAACAAGCUAGCACUCGCGAACACAUUCUUCGAGACACGCAAGGGUUGGAAUAUGGCACACCUACAACGGUCGAAGCAACGCGAUUGGAUGGGACUACGCGGUUCCCAAUUAGGAGGCCUCAACCUCGACCAUCAGCAGCGCGAACGAGCGACCACCACCCCGGAGAAGGCGACCGAAAUCACCUAUGCUCUCCUCGAAGCGGCGAGGGCGAUACUACCCGAGGAACCGCGGAGACGAUGCACGCAGAGAUGGUGUGAGACCCCUGAGACAAGGACAGCAUUGGAGGAGGCCCUCACCAAACGGCGGGAAGCGCGCCAAGCGAUGAAGGACAAGUUAAACACAACAUCGUGGAGGGCCCUCAAAGCAGCGUGUAAGGGAGUGGCCGCAGCAGUCGAAACGGGCAUAUAUGCCCACCUGGACAGAUAUGUGACGGGACUCGAAGCGGUCUACAAGGACCGCGAUAUGCGAGGCCUCUACCAACACCUCAAGAGAUCAGUGCGUCUCAGUGGGAGACAAGCGGGAGGACAGCAGCCCGUUGCGGACGAGAAUGGCGUGCUGCUCCGGAGAACGAACGACAUCCUCCAGCGAUGGGCGAGAUUCUUCGGCACCCUCCUCAACACCAAUUCCCCCACCCUGAGCCCAGACAUCAUCGAACAAGUGACGCAGCGACCGGCGACACGUGCCACUCGACGCUUGGGAGCGGUGCCAGACCUCGAGGAAGUGGAACGGGCAACGAAAGGACUGCAGAACUGGAAGGCACCCGGCAAUGACUCCCUCCCUGCAGAAUUGCUCAAGAUCGAUGUCGACGACGAGAAACACAUCGUCCUGGGGAUCUCGCUCCUAUCUCACGUAGGCAAGGUCCCCAUCAAGAUCAUCACCAACCGCCUAAGCGCCUCCUGCGAAACCAACAACAUACUCCUGGAGGAACAAUGCGGGUUCCGACCUGGGCGGUCCACCAUGGACAUGCUGUUCGUCGACGAAAUGCGGGCCCGGAUGCGCAUGGACGACGGAGAGGUUUCGGCCUGGUUCAUGGUCACACAAGGCCUACGACAAGGGUGUGUGCUGUCCCCCUUGCUGUUCAGUAUCUUCUUCGCCGCGGUCAUCGAGGUCGUUACCAUUCGAUUCAGCGAGGAUGAUAUUAUUCUGGAGAACCUCGUGUACCUGGAGGAGGAGACGGGGGCGGGGGCGAGCACACCACUUGACCGAGUGCGGAGGGCGGUAUGGGGGAUGCUGUAUGCCGAUGACGCCGGCGUCGUAUUGAGGUCUGCCGAAGGACUGGCGAGAAUGAUGACCGUCAUCGUGGAGGUGUUCGGGAAGUUUGGGCUGACGGUAUCGGAGACGAAGACGGAGACGCUCCUGAUGCGCGCAAAGGAGAAGCACACAACAACACCACCGCCCCCCCCGCCGCCACCGCUGAUCAUCGAGGCAGCAGGGCAGAGGUAUGCCCAAACGCCUGACUUCCGGUACCUAGGUGGCCUCGUCAACGAUCAUGGCGACCUCACCCGGGAGAUCAAUUACCGGAGCAGAGCAGCGUAG